GCCAAACGCCGUGGCUCACAUUGAAUACUGCUUGACUGACCGUGACGGUUGCUAUUGCGUGAGAGACUGGAAGAAUCCGACUCCCGGCAGUGCUCCGGCCCGUGAGUUGUCAGUCUCUUUCCAUUCUCAAAUCGUGACUGAGGAAGGACUCGACACUCCCUGAUUUGGCCAUCACAACCAGUCCAAAGGGGCUGCAGAAAUUUUUUACUUGCCUCCUCGGUUCUCAAACACCCUUCAUCAGACGACUUUUGGCAUCAGUUCCCCCCUCCCCGACCCCCCACCCCCUCCUUUUUCACCACUUCAAGAUCCAAGACCUCUCUUCCUUUCGCACCCUUCCCGGCUGCUUAUCUCUCAUCUCUCCUCGUCCAACUCUCAUCAACGAAUCACCAUGCCUCCCCAGAAGCACCACCAUCACCACCACCACCACCAGCAGCAGCAGCCGCCCUUCCAGAAGGACGAGCGCGUACUUUGCUUCCACAUGGAUAUGCUGUACGAGGCCAAGAUCCUCGACAUCAUGCCCGCCGAGAACGGCGAGGGCUGGCAGUACAAGAUCCAUUACAAGGGCUGGAAGAGCAGCUGGGACGACUGGGUGCCGCAGGACCGCGUCCGCAAGUUCACCGAGGAGAACAAGGACCUGGCCGCCCAGCUCCUGGCCCAGUAUAAGUCGCUGCAGUCCGGCAAGUCGACCAAGCAGUCGGCCAAGAAGGGCGGAGCCGCCGCUCGCGCAGCAAACGGUUCCGACAUGGGCUCAGCCCGCGGCAGCGAGGAGCGCACCGCAGGCGCCGCCACCACCAGCGGCCGCGGUCCACGGAGAGCCCGGGACUAUGAUCUGGAGCAGGAGGACAAUUUCCACAACCGUCCGUCAAUCAAGAUCCCGGUGCCUGACCAUCUCAAGGCAAUGCUUGUCGACGAUUGGGAGAACGUCACAAAGAACCAGCAGCUCGUCCCGCUUCCCCAUCCGCACCCUGUCGACGAGAUUCUGGACGACUACCUGGCUCACGAGAAACCAAAUCGUGAGCAGGGCAGCGCGUCACUCGACAUUUUGGAAGAGACAGUUGCCGGUCUGCGUGAGUAUUUCGACAAGGCCCUUGGUCGCAUUCUGCUGUACCGCUUCGAGCGCGCACAGUACCACGAGAUGCACAAGCUCUGGUCCCAGCCCGACGGCAAGCACAAGAGCGCCGUCGACACGUACGGUGCCGAGCACCUCUCCCGUCUUCUCGUUUCCCUCCCCGAGCUCAUUGCUCAGACGAACAUGGACCAGCAGUCCGUCAACCGUCUUCGCGAGGAGCUCAUCAAAUUCACCAACUGGUUCUCGCGCCAUGUUACAAAGUACUUUGUAAGCCAGUACGAGACGCCCGGCGCCGAGUACAUAGAGCAGGCCCGCAGUGUCUAGACGACACAUCAAUUUUGAGUGGAUAACGGACGGAGGAAUGUAUCGUCCGUCUAUCAGUCUGUUCUGUCUCUCUCAUCCCUCUUUGGCAGGACGGCGCGGGAGUGAUGCUUCGAUCCUGGCAUCGCCACUGGCUCUGGAUCGUUCUUUCAAUUUGGGCAUACAUCCCCACGUGCCUUUGAUUGCUCGAUCUGUCAGGGAACAUAACCCCAGUCGGUCAAUUCUUAUGCCAUCGUGAGGGAGCCGCACACGGGAGGAGUCUCUCUGGGGAUCCGGGAGUCCCACGUUGGUCGACGAUCGGAGAUGUAUUUGUUCCCCGAGCUUCGCACACAGAGCGUCUGCGACUCCAUGGCGGAGGAGUCUACCAUUGGGCUUUUUGUCUGGUGCGUCGGCGCAGCUAGGCCGCGCUUCUGUCUCUGUCGCCGGGAAACGGGCAGAAUCUGCUGGAGUUGGUGUGUCUGCCCCUCGUCAGGCUGUCGACUGGCUGUGUCUAUCUGAUUUG